AGCCUGGACCAAGAGUCCACCUCCGAUCAUUACACUGACAAGCCCUAAACCAAAGGGUCCUUAACUGUCAUUUAACUUAUUUGAAUUACCUAAGCUUUAAAUUUAAUAAUAAAAAAAAUGGAAAUGAAAAGGUAUCCAAAUGAUGGGUGCUGUGAGAGAUUACAUUUAGAUGUCUGUGUUGAUGAGCGCACCCCACGGCAUGGAAUAUUAGAACUUCUUAUGAAACUGAGGCCAGAGUGGAAACCAGAAGAUAUUCAUAUUAAGGCUUUCACUGAGGGCAUCACUAACCAAUUAAUGGGAUGCUAUGUUGGCUCUCUGAUGCAAGACCCUGUUUUACUGGUGAGGGUUUAUGGACAGAUGACUGAGCUUUUUAUGGACCGAGAAAAGGAAAUGGAGAUGUUCCGGAUGUUACACAAACAUGGCUGUGGCCCGGAACUGUACUGCAGUUUUACCAAUGGUAUCUGCUAUGAGUUUGUCAAAGGAGUUGUGCUGGAUGACACACUGCUUAGACAGCCAUCUGUUUACAGAUUGAUUGCAACUGAAAUGGGGAAAAUCCAUUCCAUAAAGUCUGGAGAAACUGGAAACAGUUCACCCGUUUUGUGGUCUAGAUUGUCCCAGUUCCUUAAUCUGGUCCAGAGUUCUGAUGCUCCUGAACAGCAAAAAUCCAUUGCCCAUGUGGAGAUACCAAGCCUUAAAAUCAUCAUCAAAGAGAUGGAGGAACUGAAGAGUCAUCUUACCCUCAUCAACUCUCCAGUAGUACUGUGUCACAAUGACCUCCUGACUAAAAAUGUCAUCUAUAACCAAGAAGAAGGUGCAGUAAAAUUCAUUGACUAUGAAUAUGCAGAUUUUAAUUACCAAGCAUAUGAUAUAGGAAACCAUUUCAAUGAAUUUGCAGGUAUCAAUAAUGUUGACUCCAGCCUGUACCCUAGCUGUGAACUUCAGUUUGAUUGGCUAACUGCUUAUCUGGAGAGUUUCAAGUGGUUCAAUGGUGUUGAUUCAACUGUGACCAAGAAAGAAGUCCUGGAACUUUAUGUACAAGUCUGCAAGUUCUCCUUGGUGGCUCAUAUUUUCUGGUGUCUAUGGGCUCUCCUGCAGGCAAAACAUUCCACCAUUGACUUUGACUUCCAGAGGUAUGCCAUGGCUCGAUUCAACUACUACUUUGAAAAGAAGCAAGAGUUCUUUGGAAUGAAGCUUCCUUGAUUCUUCUACCACCCUAGUGCAAGAGGUUCUGAAAGAGCCUAU